AUGUCUGUUGGACCACAGAUUCCAGAACACCUGCUUUCAAAGUAUCAAAUUCAGGAUCAGGAGGACGCUGAAAAGGACGUACUAAUUGGCCCGCAGCUAUCAAGCAGUCUAAUAGAAUCAGAGAAAAGGGUGUCAACACCACAACCAGAUUCAAAUGUGUUGCAAGAGAAACCAGAGUCACAGUUAUCAAACUCCGAAACUUUAGAACAUACUGUCGAGGAAGAUGACCCAGACGCCUACUUACCAGCUCUUCCUCCAGACUUGUUGGAAGAGCGACGAAAGAACAAACAACGGGCUGGCAACGAUAAGGCGGUACGGUCAAACGGUCCUAUUAUAGGACCGGCAAUGCCUCCCCCUGGAUACGCUGUCAAUCAAGAAGAAGAGGAAGAGGAGAAGGACAUAGUAGGUCCCGUACUACCCAGAGGAUUUAUACCAUAUUUAUAUGAAGACGAAGUCGAUGAUAAGGUGGCAGAAAUAGAAGAACGCGCAGCGAGAAUGCGUAAGCAACUAGAUUUGGAUAAUACUUCAACCAAGGAUAAACCAUUGGAACGUGGAGAAUGGAUGCUUGUUCCACCAGAAGCAAAGUUUUUGGAUGGUUCAACUACUAAUAUGAAGUCAAGACAGUUUAGAAAGAUAAGUCGCGAUCCGUCACAGGAUAAUAAUUCUCUGUGGACAGAAACUCCUGCCGAAAGAGAGAAGCGGAUAACUGACAAGAGUAAUAAGAGCCGAAAACGACAGCAGCCAAUUGCGGACGAGGAACCAACUUACUCACAAAGAGAUCUGGAGAUUGCUCAACAGGUCCAUGACUAUAAUGCUCAACACCGCGGGAAAUCUCUUAUAGAUUCUCAUACGGAAGAAUACCUAAAAUCUCGCAAAUGGCAAAAAGAAGACGUGAGCAAACUUCCGUUUGAUCGUGAUCGUGAUGUACUAGGUGCUCGGCGGAUGGAUCCAAGAAAGCGAGCGAAAAUUUUGCAAGAGGCAAAAGGAAUGGACUCUAAAUUUAUGCAUGGAAGGAGCGGGGCUUUCUUAUAA